CUUCUCUUGAAUAUAUCGCGCUCUCUUGCUGUGGUGGGCUGUUGUCCCUCGUUCAUUCUUUGCUCGUGCGUUUCAGCGCACUUCCACUCCUUUUUGGCCUUUGUCUGUUGGCCAGCCAUUCUUUUUUAGCAAUUAUUGAGCAAUAUAUCUGCUCGCCCUCGCCUACAGCAAGAGAUUCCUUCGUUUCUUUCAUUUGAUCCGAAUAGCUACUACCGUCGCCAUGCUCGCCCGCUUCUUCAUCGGCCUGUUGCUGGCCUGUAUCACCUCCGUCCAUGCCCAGACCUUCACCAACUGUAACCCUACCAAGAAGGACUGUCCGGCUGACCCUGCUCUGGGUACGAACCACACGUGGGUUUUCAACGGAACCCAAGACGAGAGCAUCUGGGCCACGACCAAUGGCGAAAUCGACUGGACCAAGGACGGAGCCGAAUUCUCCAUCAAGAAGAAGCUGGACUCCCCCACGUUGCAGUCCAAGUUCUUCAUCUUCUUCGGUAUUGUCGAGACUCACGUCAAGAUGGCCAAGGGUGGUGGUAUUGUCAGCAGUGUUGUCCUGCAGUCCGACGACUUGGACGAGAUUGACUGGGAAUGGGUCGGUUACAACACCUCCCAGGUGCAGUCCAACUACUACGGCAAAGGAAACGACUCGAGCUACGACCGCGGCGGUUACCACGACGUCUCCAACGCUGACACCGAGUUCCACAACUACACCACCUAUUGGACCAAGGAGAAGGUGGAGUGGUGGCUGGAUCAGGAAUUGGUCCGCACUCUGAAAUACGAAGACGCUUUGGAUGGAAAGAACUUUCCCCAGACCCCGAGUAACAUUCGUUUUGGUAUCUGGCCCGCCGGUGACUCUGGUAACCCUCUGGGUACUAUUGAGUGGGCAGGUGGUGAGGUCGACUACGACAAGGGUCCUUACACCAUGGUCGUUGACAAGGUCCGCGCGCACGACUUUUCGUCCGGCAAGGAAUACGAAUACACAGACGAUACUGGUGAUUGGGAGAGCAUCAAGGUUGUCGAGGGCAACUCUACCACUGUCACCGAAUUGAACAAGCCGCCACCGAAGUCCCUAUCCGAGAAGUGGGAUGAACUGCCUACCGGUGCCAAGGCUGGUGUUGGUAUCGGUGCUGGUGCUGUUGGUGCUAUUGGCAUCGCCGGAUUUAUCUUCUACUGCAUCAGACAGCGCCGGAAGGGCCGCCUCGAAAACGCUCUCGACGACUCCAACUGGAACCAAGACCGGACCGAGAUGAGCAACUUCCAGACGGACUGGAAGCAAAGUGAACUCCGCAACAAGGGCUACCAACCGGUUUCCUAACCGUCGGCUCACGAGUAUUCCAACGAAACAAGCUCUGGUCUAGUCCGCCACCAACAAGGGAGACCACGCUAUACUCAGUCUCCCACGGACUUGGGUGGGUAAUCUCCCGCCCUAUCGCAGGUCGACCUGGUCCGGGGAUUACCCCGUGGGUGUUUGGCGUCUUGGCGUUUGGGAGUGAACUCCUUCUUACGACUUUUUGACCGUACAUUUCUUUUUUCUUUUUUUUUCCUUUUUUUUUUUUUUUUUUUU